UCUGGGAGCACCGGAGCUGGGCAGCAGGGGCCGGUUUGGCCGGCACUCACCCUCGACCCACCUGCCCUGUAAUGGUAGUCUAUCAGUGGUAGGUUCCAGGUUCCCCGGGGCAUGUAGGCAGAGUCAGUGGUUGCCAGGUGUUCGGAGUCACCAGCGCUCCAGGUACUCUGGGGGCUUGCUUCUCUAUCUGCGGUGCUGGCUCUCGUGGAGAUGCCCAAUUGACAGGAGAGCUAGUGAGGACCAGAACGCUCCCCUUUGACCCAAUUCCACUGUGCCCAUGGCUCUGCGGGCCAGUCUGUUGCCCCUGUGCUGCCUGGCACUCUUGGCACUGUCUGUCCAGAGCUGCGGGCCGGGCCGGGGACCGGUUGGCCGGCGGCGAUACGUGCGCAAGCAGCUUGUGCCUCUGCUGUACAAGCAGUUUGUGCCUAGUGUGCCCGAGCGGACCCUUGGUGCGAGUGGGCCAGCGGAGGGGAGGGUAGCAAGGGGGUCCGAGCGCUUCCGGGACCUCGUACCCAACUACAACCCCGACAUAAUCUUCAAGGAUGAGGAGAACAGCGGGGCUGAUCGCCUGAUGACAGAGCGUUGCAAAGAGCGGGUGAACGCUCUAGCCAUUGCGGUGAUGAACAUGUGGCCCGGAGUGCGCCUACGUGUGACUGAAGGCUGGGACGAGGAUGGCCACCACGCUCAGGACUCACUCCACUACGAAGGCCGCGCCUUGGAUAUCACCACGUCUGACCGUGACCGCAAUAAGUAUGGUUUGCUGGCGCGCCUAGCAGUGGAAGCCGGCUUCGACUGGGUCUACUACGAGUCCCGAAACCACGUCCACGUGUCGGUCAAAGCUGAUAACUCACUGGCGGUCCGAGCCGGCGGCUGCUUUCCGGGAAAUGCCACGGUGCGUCUGCGGAGUGGCGAGCGGAAGGGGCUGAGAGAACUCCAUCGUGGUGACUGGGUACUGGCCGCCGAUGCAGCGGGCCGGGUGGUACCCACGCCGGUGCUACUCUUCCUGGACCGGGACCUGCAGCGCCGCGCCUCCUUCGUAGCUGUGGAGACCGAGCGGCCUCCGCGCAAACUGUUGCUCACACCCUGGCAUCUGGUGUUCGCGGCUCGUGGGCCAGCCCCGGCUCCAGGUGACUUUGCACCGGUGUUCGCGCGCCGGUUACGCGCUGGGGACUCGGUGCUGGCUCCCGGUGGGGACGCGCUCCGGCCGGCUCGCGUAGCCCGUGUGGCCCGCGAGGAAGCAGUGGGCGUGUUCGCACCGCUCACUGCACACGGGACGCUGCUGGUAAACGACGUCCUUGCCUCCUGCUACGCGGUUCUGGAGAGUCACCAGUGGGCCCACCGCGCCUUCGCUCCUUUGCGCCUGCUGCACGCGCUCGGGGCGCUGCUCCCCGGGGGUGCGGUCCAGCCGACUGGCAUGCAUUGGUACUCUCGACUUCUUUACCGCUUGGCGGAGGAGUUAAUGGGCUGAGCAUCCGAGUAUAGAAGUACUCCAGGCUCUGGGCGAAACCGAAACCGAGACGUGCUAAGAUCUGGGGAUGUGGGCAGCAGGUGAUGCUGAUUGGGAAAGUGGGUAUGGAAAGAGACUAGAGAAAAAGACGAGCUGGAACUUACUGGUUUAGGGGCAACUUUUAGCUGAGAGGAGUGCUCCUCCGGUCCUUGAUAACUGGGUUUGCUGAUAGGCACUCAUUAAUGAGGACUUUUUUGCGUCUUCCCCAGUGCCCCAGUCUCACCCGAUAAUUUUAUUUUCUAUUUAUAAAUUGUAAUAUAAUGAUCUGGUUGCCCAGUCCACCAAGGUGAGGACCUGGAGUGUGGCAUUAACACUGUCUGACACAGCCAGUCAAUCUGAUGCCUCACGUUCUCCUGCAGGUGGCUUAAUAAAGGGAAGGUUUAUUGGAAACCACCUUCACUCAGGCAAUUCACCUCCAAAGAGGAGGAGAAUCUGGACUACCCAGAAUCAACAGCUAAUGCCCAACUCUCCCUUCUUCCACAGCAGGAUCUUUCAAACCCUUUUGCUGCAGAGGGUGUCGCAACCCAUCAGCAACAGACCAGAAAUGCCCUGCCCUGUUUUUGGUGCUGGUCUCACCCCCAUCUGGGACCAAAACUGUUCUUAUGAGUACACAUCCCAACUCGGGGGUGGGGGUGGGGCUUACCGAGGGAGCCUGAAGGCUGAUGCUCAAUGCAUUUGGAGUCUUCUAUGAGCUGUUUGGGCCUAUCCCUGACGACUAUAAAACAGCCCAGCUGCCUCCUGCCCGCUGAUGAAGCGGUCUGAUUUUCUUUUUUCUGGGAUUUGGCUAGGCCAAUUUAUGAAUCAUGGGUGUUCCUUACAGUUUACACACAUAUGUGGCCUAAACAAAAAUCCUAGAGUGACCAGGAAUGGUGGUACCCACCUAUAAUUUCAACACUCUGGAGAUGGAGAAAGGACAAAACAGGAGAACUAUGAGUUCAAGGUAACUUAAGCUGCAUUGUAGGAGAGAGAGAGAGAGAGAGAGAGAGAGAGAGAGAGGAGAAGCUGGGGCGAGAACAGGUUUUGGCUUGGGUGUAUCUGAGGGAAACAGAUUCCUGUCAAGUUCUAGCAUUACAGUGAGAGUUUCUUCCUUGAGUGCUGCUCUGCCUGCUUCUCAUCCUCCACUUCCUUUCCCUUCUGUUACUGACUGUGUUUCUUUGGCUUGGGGGUUGUGGGGAAUCUUGGUAUUUUAACACAGUAGACACCUGAAAUGCAGGUAGAUUGAUGUCCCUAGCUAGAACUGCACAGGUAGGGACCACUCUGGAAGUGGGGUAUGUAGGAUCCUAGGGACAGUCAAUGUACUCCCAGGGCCUGGGCUGAAACCUGCUACAUCUUGUUGCUAGGAAGAUUUACUCUGUUCCGAACUUCUGAGCCUAGGCCGUUCUAUGAAUACCCUGCCCUCUGGUGGCAUUCAGGAGAAUUCUAAGCCUAGGGACACAGACAAACAGUUCCCCCCUCUCUCUCUCUCACACACACACACACACACACACACACACACACACACACACGCUGGACCAAAGGGGAAUGUAUUGCAUGGUGCAAUGGACUUGCUCACAGGAACCAUGUCUGAGGAGGCAGAACUGAUGCACGGGGCUUGUUAAGCCUUUAGCAUUGUUCCAGCGUUGGAAGACCUGAGGGACCUGCUUGCUUUUCUUUCAAUCCUUGGCAUUUUUUAUAGCCUUGUUCAGCUCUGUGGCCCUGGGAAUCAGGAGAGAUAGGUAAUAUCUAUGUCCCUCACUCUGGUGACUUUCAAAUGCUGUGGCUCAGAGGUAAAAGCAAAUAGAACUCCAAACAGUGUCUGAUGAAGGUCCUCCCAUUCACCAAUAUCCUCAGCCUACAUCCUCUGGGUAUCCAUUACCGACCUGCCUUCUCCUGGCCUCGGAGACACAUCCCAAACAAUAGUCUUUUCUACUUUCUUUCUUACCCUCCUCUUGUCUGCUUCUCUUAGAUCCUGGUACCUUUUUUCUUAUCACCCAGGGGAUGAGCAAUCUGAUAAGUUAGUCCUUCUGUGUUGCUGGAUGACCUGUGUUUACUACAUCUCCUAAGUAUUACUUGUAUCUAAACUAUUGAGACUAAGGCUUUUAACCAGAAAACCAUAAUGGCUGACUGGGAAUAUAGCUCAGUAGCAGAACAUUAGCCCCCAGGCUCAAUCCCCAGUACCUCUCAAAUGGCAAUAUAUAUAUAUUUAGGGAUAAAGAGAA